CAGCAGCAGCGUCUCUCCUCUCCAGCUCCGAGCUUUAUGUCUGUGAGGGCUGCUCAGCGCCGGAGGGGACGUUUUACCUAAUGUGACAAAUUUCACACAACUGCUUAAAACACCGGCUGAAGCAAUGGGAGCCUUUGGAGUGAUUUUAGGGAUUAUACAGUACGUGGGACUUUAUAUUCAAGUUAACGCAGCUCUCAACGUCGCACACGGUGAGGUGGAUAAUCAUAUCUCUGGAAAUGCCCUCUUUACAGAGGUGCCACACGACAUCACGACGCAGAGCGGUGAGGAUGUAGAGAUGGCUUGUUCCUUCCGAGGAGCGGGCUCUCCCUCCUACUCCCUGGAGAUCCAGUGGUGGUACAUCAAGGACCACAGAGACUGGCAACAGAAGCCUGCUCAGAUCACGAAUAAUGUUGUACCCCUGGAGGAAACUUCCAGAGACGCCACCAAAAUUAGUGUGGUAAAAGUGGCCGGCAGCAACAUCUCCCACAAGCUCCGCCUCUCCAGUGUCAAGCCGUCAGACGAGGGCACGUAUGAAUGUCGUGUCAUCGACUUCAGUGGCACCCUGGCGCAACAACACCGCGUCCGCGCCUACCUCCAGGUGGAGCCUGAGAGGAGUCAGGGGUCGGGCGACAUCAAGCUGCAGGAGCCGGGGCAGCGGUCACACCCCCACCACCAGACAGAGGGCAGGGAACUGAAGAGGAGAUCAGCUGGCAGCACCACUGACUGUACUGAGAGCUGUGUGCUUUAGAGAGGGCCGUCUGUCUGCAUGUUCGUGACUUAUCUCUAAAGAGGGACUGUCAUCAACACACACGUCACCGCAGCGUCAGACUCAACCCUUUGUGUUUGUUUAUCUGUAUCUUUAAUCUCACUGUUUGGAUGCCAUUGCUGUUGAAUGCCAAUAACGGGCACACUUUGUUUUGACUGUACAUGCGAUUGUGUUGUUUUGGUUGCUUUGUUAUUUGUCUCUGCUUUUUCCUAUUGAAUUGGGGUUACUUAAGUGCAACAAUACGGCUGUUAUCACAGAAAACUUUUAUUUUGUUUGUCUGACGCACCCACAACUUUUCCUCACAAAACUACAGUUAAAAUAUAAAAGACCAUUUCCUUUGCAAUGUGCCAGUUCUACUGUCUUUUACAAAAAAAUAUGCCAAAAGCUGCAGUAUUACAAUGUAAAUGCUUUCUAAGAAAUAAAGAAUUUAAGUGUUUUUUUGUGCAUUGAUUUUAUUCAUGUAAUCUUUGUUUAAACACUAUCUGCAUUUAGCUUUCUGAACCAUGACUAGAAUAUUUGUCAUAAGAAAUAUGUAUGCCUUCAUUGCAUUAAUAAAAUAUAUUAAUUCUUAUGUAUGUUCACUCUUACCGUUAUUAUUAUUAAAAUAAAGUUUACUCUGUGCUACUUAACCAAAUGACUCACAGCUAGUAUGUUAAUCGCUCCACCCUUUUGUCAUCAUUUUCUCAGCCACAUUUUAACUUUUUGUCUUCUGGAGUUUGUCAUCUGAAUCACAUUCUCCUCUUGACUGUGUUUGUUCCAAGUGCUGCUGUUUGGUAUCUGUUCUGUUAAAUACACUCAUUUCAAAUGA